AUGGACGCUCCGCCUCAAUUCCCCGCCUUCGACCCAUAUGCUUAUCAUUCUCCACAAGUUCCUUCUACACGAGGAAAUGUCGAACGUCCUCUACCGGUUUACGACGACGAGGACGAGGAGGUGGUGCCCGAAACUCAAAAUUUGGGCGACGACGACGAGGAAGAUGAAUAUAAUGUGGACGAAGACGCGGGCAACGAAGAAGACGAGGCUCGAGAAAAAAAAGGGAAAACGGUGAGCGAAAAAUGGACAAAAGAACAAGAAGAGGCGUUGGCGAAGGCGUGGGAUCGCACACGAGCAAGCGGGUGUAAGGAUCUCGACGUGAUGAAAGUCGCGUUAAAAGAAUUUAAAGAAAGAUUUCCAAGCGGUUUUCAACACAUCGAGGCGUGGGAGUUAUAUGUCAUUCAAGAACCCGGUGUUGAGUCUUCUGAUUGCGCAUUUUUAAACAAUUUCAAAGUUCCUGAUUUGAAUUUAUCUUUUGAUGAUAGUGAUAAAAAAAUUAAUGAAAACUGUACCCAAUUAUAUUUACCGAGUAAUACCCAAGGCAUAUCUUCUAUUGUGUUUGAGCCAGGCCACAUUUUUAAUAGCAAAGAGGAAAUGAAACUUGAAUUGGGUAAAAAAUGUUUGAUAGAACGAUUUGAGUUUAAAGUUGAUAGAUCGUCUAAAUCACGGUACGAAGUGUCAUGUUUUGUUGAUGGUUGUGAGUGGCGUUUUAGGGCAUACAGCUUUGCUGGUGAUAGCGCAUUUUACGUUAAAUAUUUUAACGAUAAACACACUUGUUCAAAGACGCUCACACACCCACAUUUUCGUCAGGCAAACCCCCAAGUUGUGGGUCAUUAUUUAGUGCCUCAAUUAAAAGACGGUGGUCGAAUUUAUCGCGGAACCGAGAUAAAGUCCGAUUUUAAACAAAAUUUAGGAAUUGAUAUUAGUUACAUGCAAGCAUGGCGUGGAAAAUGUCAUGCUUUAGAACUCUUGCAAGGUACAAGCAGAGAUUCUUUUGCCGAACUCCCAAUCUAUUGUUACAAUUUGGAGCGGGCGAAUCCGGGAACCGUGACUCACAUUUGGGUUGACGACGAGAGUCGAUUUGAAAUGGUAUUUGUGGCUAUUGGUGCAGCGGUUCGUAGUUUUGUGCGUAAUUUAAGACCUGUUAUUAUUAUAGACGCUGCCCAUUUGAAGGGUGAAUUUAAAGGAACAUUGUUUUUAGCAGUUGGCAUGGACGGAAAUAACCAGAUUUUACCAAUUGCCUAUGGAAUAGGCAAAUCAGAGGAUGGUGCUUCUUGGACAUGGUUCCUCUCAAAGCUUAAAGGUUGUGUUGGUGAAAUUCCAGAUAUGGCGAUCAUAUCGGAUAGGGCCAAUUCAAUACAUUUAGCUGUAAGCAACGUGUUUCCACACGCUUAUCAUGGUCUCUGCUGUCGACAUUUAAUGGUGAACUUAAGUUUACCGUCGAAUAAAAAAAAGGAAUACCAGAGCCUCUGGUGGAAGACCUGUAAAUCUUACCGGUUGUCUGAUUUUAAUGAGGCUUUCCACACUCUAUGUCUUGCAGUUCCUAGAAUACGGAACACUUUAAUAAGUAUCGGGUUUGGACGGUGGGCAAGAGCGCAUUGUCCCGGCAAUCGAUAUCAUUAUAUGACAUCUAACAGUGCAGAGUCAAUUAACGCUUUGUCUAAAGACUAUCGUAAAUUGCCAGUAACCCAACUUAUUGAAUUUUUCCGUCAAUCUGUUCAAAAAUGGUUCUAUGAUCGUCGGCUGGAGGGAAUUAAGGAAAGACAUGAGCUUACCCAGUGGGCUCAAAAAAAAAUUGCAAAGAAAAUUGAUGGGUCUAGAACUUGGACUGCCGCUGGUGUAGGGUUGAACACCUUUGAUGUUGACGACAGGAAAAAACGUGGUUUUGUAAAUUUUUACGAUCGAACAUGUAGUUGCCGUGUUUGGCAAGUUUCUGGACUACCCUGUGGGCACGUGAUUGCUGUAUCCAAAUUCUUAGGUGAAACUGACUGCAGUCAUUAUGCUUUCCGAUGUUAUUCCAAUGAAGUGUAUAAAAAAACAUACGAGGAAGCGAUUAAUCCUCUUCCUCAUAAAUCUGAAUGGGAGAUACCAGAAGAUCUUAUAAAUGUUCGCCCCCCGCAUAUGACAAAACGUCAGUCGGGCCGUCCGCGAGCAAACAACAGAAUCUUGUCUCGAGGGGAAGAACCCACGCCUCUAUAUUGUGGUAGGUGUAAGACACAUGGACACCAUCGUGACGUUUGUUCAGCCCCAAUCCCAUCGCAACAACGUUCGCGUAAAGGCAAGGAAACCGUUGCUCACGAAGACCCAGGAAAUAAUCCGUCUGAUAAUUAUUUUCCGUCUUAUAAUUUGGGAGAUUUUUAG